AUGGUGGCCACCGGUGCCAUCACCGCGUCGAGUAUUCUCCACCACAUAUCCGCCUUCAUCUCUGAAAUACUUGCCCAAUCCGAACUCCGAAAGCGCCUUCUCUCCGUCGUGUACGACAUAAUCUCACUCUCAGACGAGAUUGCCCUAAAACCCCUAGAGCUUGCAGCCGAAGCUCUCGAAAAUGCCAUCUUCACCGAUAACUCUUCGAUCAAAUCCUCUUCUCUCCGUUGCGCGGAAGAAUUACUCCUCUCCCUUCCUGAAAACGCCUGUUCUUCUUUUCUAUUAUCCCUAAUUUACGGCCUCAAUCACCAAAAUCUCAACUCCGCUCUUAACCUCCUCCAUUUAUUCCUCUCGGACCCUUCGUUGGCUCGCUCCGAAAUCGCUCCGAUUCUCUUCGAGGAGCUCUUUCUCCGCCAUUUUCUUCCAAUUAUUCACUGGUUCCACGAACAGAGAUCCGAAAUCCUGACGUUCUUCCCCUCGAAUUUAAUCAACAACACUACCGAACAUUCAAUCAGCGAUGAGUCGGAGGUUUUUCCUUGCACGAAAUCGUUGUCGAAGUUGAGCAUUGAUCAGACUUUGAAGCUGAAGGAACUGGAAAGCAAUUACGAGCGGGUUUUGGACAAAAAUUGCAGAGUUUUUGCUAAACAUUUCAAAAGGGUUUUAGAAAGAAAAGACAAUGGUGGAUCGAUCGCAAUUCCAAUGGUUAAAUUAUUGGAUAAGAAUGAGAAGUGGAAGGAAAUGGAACAGAUUGCAGAGCAGAAACUCAGAACAGAGCAGCUCUCAUUAAGCUUUGAUCAUAAUGGGUCUUUAAGAAAUUGCACAAAUUUAGAAACUUCCACGGUUCCCGAAAGACCCAUAGAAAUUUCGUCGACGACUUCAAGCUAUACGUUUGAUUAUGACUUCCUUCUCUUCCGUAUUCUGCAGCCAAUUUGGAUCGAAGAGGAACAAACGCUCGAGGUUGACUGUACCAAUAAAUCAAAGUCAGCGCCGCCGCCGUGUGUUCGUUCCCAAGUAUUCGGACCUUUCAAUUUCAUCUCCGAGCAAGAAUCAUCCAGCAGCUCGAGAACUUUUGCUAUCUUCAAGUCGACCGCCCAAGACCAAGACGAUUCUUCUGAAAUUUUCUCGUUGGGAUCUGAGACUGAAUUCGAGGAAAAUGACCUCGAAAAGACAUUGUUUGAUUCUGAACAGCCGAAACCCAAGAACCAGAAGCUAAAACAGACCAUAACCCAAUCAUUGGAGUUGGAUUAUGCUAUGGAAAAUUCCCGCAGCGCCUCGCCGGAAAGUGGUGAAAAGCAUAUUACACCCCCUAAGGACUUUGUAUGUCCCAUAACUUGCAACAUUUUUUAUGACCCAGUAACUAUAGAGACGGGUCAGACUUAUGAGCGCAGUGCCAUUCAAGAAUGGCUUGAUAGAGGUAACUUGACCUGCCCAAUCACUGGACAGAAGCUGCAAAAUACCCAACUUCCCAAAACCAAUUAUGUCCUCAAACGACUUAUUGCAAGCUGGUUAGAGGAGAAUCCCAAUUUUGUAUUGGACAAAGCUCUUGAUGAGGCUGAAUCAGUGGCUGUCUUAACCUCACCUGUUAGUUUCAUAAGCCAAGCCUCCAUUGACAGAAGUAUGAAUGAGAUGAGGCGUGCAAUUACCAAUCUCUGUACUUCUGAAGUUUUGGAGGAGGCGGAAACUGCCGUGCUUUGUGUGGAGAGGUUCUGGUUGGAAGAAAAUGUGGAAGGGGAUGUUCAACAUAUGUUGUUGAAGCCUUCUGUAAUCAAUGGACUUGUUGAGAUCCUUGUCAAUUCUGUUGAUCUUCAGGUCUUGAGAGCGGCAAUCUUUCUUCUAUCAGAGCUGGGAUUCAAGGGUGAUAUUGUGAUUGAAACGCUCACUCGAGUCGAGUCAGAUGUGAACUGUAUUGUGACUCUUUUCAAAAGAGGUGUUGUCGAGGCUGUUCUGUUAAUAUAUCAGUUGGGACUUUCCAGCCAAACUCUACAAGAAAUGGACAUAGUCGGUUCCCUUUUGAAUGUUGUUAAAAAGAAAGAAGAAGAUGUGAAUAAGAUGCGUUUGAGCCAUAAAUCUGCUGCAGUGCUUUUGCUUAGAAAGAUUUUGGGGAGUAAAGAAGGAUCUCCGACUGUUGUUGCUGUGCUUGCUGAAAAUGCAAUUGAAAGUAUUUUAGGUAGUUUGAAAGCUAAGCAGGUGGAGGAGCGGAUUGCUGCAGUUGGAAUCUUGCUAAGAUGCAUUCAAGAGGAUUGGAAGUGUAGAAAUAUUAUAGCUGAUAAAGCCGACUUAGCUCUGAUUUUGUCAAGUUUCACGAAAGUGAGUAACGACGAACAAUUCGAGAUCAUUAUGUUUCUCUCUGAGUUGGUUAAGUUAAACAGGACUUCGAACGAAAAAAUUCUUCGAAACAUUAAGGAUGGAAGCGAAUGCAGCACUAUGCACUCCCUUUUGACGUACUUACAAACUGCCCACAGAGAUCAAUGCCCUGUAGUGGCUGGUCUUUUGCUACAACUUGAUAUCUUGGUGGAACCACUAAAGAUGAGUAUCUAUCGUGAAGAGGCGAUGGAUGUCCUUAUUUCAUGCCUCAGAGAUUCUGACUUCCCAACAGCUCAAAUUUCUGCUGCUGAGACGAUAAUGUCUUUACAAGGAAGGUUUAACACCUCCGGACAACCCUUAGCUAGGUAUUUUCUUCUUGAACGUGCUGGCCUUACUAAAAAUCACAGGAAACCCAUAGGAAGUGAGAAUAUUGGUGAUGCUCUUGGAGAAGUUGACCUUACAAGGGAAGAAGAUAAGGCAACUGAUGAGUGGGAAAGAAAAAUGGCAUUUGUACUUGUAAACCAUGACUUUGGGUUGCUGCUUGAACCAUUGGCAAAAGGCUUAAAGAGCAAAUGUGCAGCGCUAUUUUCAGCAUGCUUUGUCUCUGCAACAUGGCUGAGUCAUAUGCUUGGAACUCUUCCUGACACGGGGAUUCUAGAAGCUGCUCGAAUUUUCUUGCUCGAUCACUUCUUAUCGAUUUUCACAAUGACGACAGAUAUUGAAGAGAAAGCACUUAGCUUGCUAGCAAUAAACAGUUUCGUACAUGAACCCGAAGGACUGCAGUACCUAAGUUCCGACAUGAAAAAUAUUAUGAGAGGUCUCAAGGAAUUUAGGAGAUCAACGCCAUUGGCCUUUGAUAUGCUAAAAGUCCUAUGUGAGGGACAAGACUCGAGUACUGAACUCUGGAGUCAUCAUGAAUUGUUUAAAGUAGAUUGCAGUAGAAAUGGAGAAGUACUAUCAAUUGCUCAUUGCAAGGACAGGAUCAUCUCUGGCCAUUCAGAUGGAACAAUGAAGGUCUGGGCUGUUAGAGGCACUAAUCUUCAUCUCCUACAAGAAAUUCAAGAGCACUCUAAGGGAGUCACCAGUCUAGCAGUUGCAGAAUCCGAAGAGAAAUUAUACAGUGGCUCCUUAGACAAGACCAUAAAGGUAUGGUCUCUAGGUAGUGAUAUAGUCCAAUGUAUACAAGUUCACGAUGUGAAGGAACAAAUUCACAACUUAGUCGUUUCAAAAACUGUUGCUUGCUUCAUCCCCCAUGGAGUUGGUAUCAGGGUUUAUUCAUGGGCCGGGGAAUCGAAGUUACUUAACUCAAGCAAACAUGUCAAGUGUUUGAAUCUUAUGCAUGGAAAACUAUACUGUGGAUGCCAUGAUAGUAGCAUCCAGGAGGUUGAUUUGGCUACAGGUACCGUAAGUUACAUCCACAGUGGUUCUAGAAAACUAUUGGGAAAGGCCAAUCCUAUCCAUGCACUACAAGUUUACGACGAACAAUUAUUUUCAGCCAGUACUGCUUUAGAUGGAGCAGCUGUGAAGAUCCGGUGUAGGUCGAACUAUGGUGUGAUUGGAUCACUGUCAACGGCAAUGGAUGUAAGAACUAUGGCUGUAGGCUCAAAUCUAACUUACUUGGGAGGUAAAGGAGGAGUGGUUGAAAUUUGGAGCAGGGAAAAGCACAACAAAAUAGACACACUUCAAAUUGGUAGAAACUGCAAGGUCGUUUGCAUGAGUCUCAACGAACGGGAGGAUGUUCUGGUCAUCGGUACAUCCGAUGGUAGGAUUCAGGCUUGGGAACUAUGACAGAGAAAGAAAGGAUGGCACCGUGAUGUUGAUACAAAAGUGUAAUUUUAAUGUUUGUAUCAAUAUUGUAUUAGAAGUUACAAUCUCUUGGGUAUUUUGUAGAGGUUAUGGGAUGUGAGAAAUCUGCUAGAAAUUGAGCACUACAUGAUCUCUAUGGCUACUCAAAACAAUCAAUGCUAUCAAAAGUUGGGAAAAACUCAACUUCAUCCAA